AUGCAGCUUUUGCCUGUCGUAUCACGUGGUCAUAGCCCAAUGCAUCGUCAGUGGUGUCUUAGGUUAAGAGUUAUUUUCACGUAAUUGUGAUAGUGAUUGCAAAUGCAUUCCGCGGAACACGGAACUGCAAUUGUGUACAUCAACUAGAAGCACCUUCUAAUUCAAGCAAAGUGCUGAAGACGCUGCUGCUGGCGCCACACAACAAGAACAUGCAGGUCUCAACAACGGCCAUACGAAAGUAGACGAGGUAGUAGUCGUCACAACAGACACGCGAACAGGACACACGUCGAUUACAUCUACUACGCCGACGACGACGGUGAGCGGAACAAGCAGCGCGAGCACAGCUCCGAGUUCCUCAUAUCAGUCUGCCGUUGACAAUGUCAUACUUCUAGAGCCCUUGAUCUUGAUUCCACUGGUGUGGGUGCGAAGAUUGGCGAAACUAGAUCCAGCCAUGAUAUUCGGAGACGUCACGAUCAUGGGCAUUCUAUUGUGCCUGUUUUCAUACGGGAUUUGGAAUUUGGUUUUCGGAGGAGCUGCUUCUAGUUCUGGUACUGCAGCUCCGGGUCCUGUAGUUUCGGUAGGAGAACCUUCCUCAUCUAUUUCAGCGGCUGACCACACAACAAACAGUACCACGACUCCUCCUAGUGAAGUUUCCUGCUUACCCAGCACGGCCAGCACUGUCGUGUCCACUGCGUCUUCGCUACUAGCGCAGUCUCCACCAGGACAAGCUGUCAACCCUGAAUUUCCUCCACCCCGACCACCACCACAGCAACCGUUGAGUAGUUUGCCUGGCGCCGCGGUGAUCUGGAUUUUCAAUGCUAGCUCAUGGGGGUUAGCCUUGGGGACGUGUAUUUUUAUGGCAAUGGCUAACAGAGAGUUAUAUUCUGAGCCACUAUAGUCUAACCAAUACUUCUCGUUCUCUAACUCCCUCACCUUCGAAGGAAUCGGCGGCCUCUUGCCAGUCCAAGCAUCCAUGAAGCAACCAGAUAGCUUUCUGAAGGUGUAUCUGAAGUGCAUUACUGGCAUCGGCCUGGCCUUUUCUAUUUUCGGCACAGCGAUAUACGCUUCAAGCGGUGGAAAUGUACCUACAAACGCGAUUCUGACAUUACCGUUGAACAAUAGUGGCAAUAAUGCGGCAGGACCUGGAGGAGAAGCAUCGCCUAAUAGUGGUAGCACGACAGGAAGUGCGACCGACAGCACUUUUCUUGUCCCCAUCUUCUCCCUCUUUCAUUUCCUCACCAAUCUCUCCGUUGGCCGCUUCUUCUGCAUCAUGUAUGGCCUAGGAGUCCUCGCCUCGUACCCCUUAGUGCUCUUCCCAGCUGUCAGGGUGCUGGAGAACUACAUCUUCCCCAAACCAACUGUAGACGAGCACGAACCCACUGAUGAGAAAUUACAAAGGGAAUUAGAAGCGUCGAAAGGCCAAGUAAGGGAGCUCAAACGCGAACUAGAUCAGUUAAAGACGACACCACCUGUAGCAACGAUUACUCUAGGCACCAGAGCUGGGCGUGGACCUGACGACUCAAGAAAUACUUCAGGGAGGACUGCAGGAACAAGUAUAGAACUAGCAGAGCAGGGGCGACCACAAGCACAAGGAAGAAGGAUCGUCCAACCAGGGAAUAAAACCAAUGCUGGGCCAUUAGAUUUACAACAAAAUCAUCUUCAUCCUGAAAAUACAUCUUCGGAAGUGGACAAGGUUGAGGUCGUGUACAAAGGUCAAUUUAGAUGGCAGAAGAAUUUCUCACGAGCUUUCGUGGUCCUUUGCCUUUGCACUAUCGCCUUUUUCGGUGCUGCGAAGUUAGACAUUUUUGUUUCCAUGCUGGGAGCCGUCUU